GCCGGGGCCGAGAGGUUAUGCCCACAGUGGCAGGAAUCAUGGCACACUCCAUGGCGAGCGGGCAAUGAGUACGAAAACGACGACGAAUCGGACCGUAAACCAACUUUUGGGUUCAUGCCAAAUGACGGCAUCGUAGUUCCGCAUCCACCAGUUGCCCGGGCCCUGGAGAUCGUGAAACAGACUUUGACGAAUGCAGAUUUUGAGGGUCCGAUUGCACGGAUCCGGGGAGCCUAUCUUCCCCGAAAUCGUGAACGUGUCCCCGUCAGCAAGCGCAGACCUCCGAUUCCACUCCCAGAGUAUGAGCAGUACAACGAUUACUGGCAGUCUUCCGCAGGCAAAACAAGUUCUGGUCGGCGUGUUGACGUUGUCAUUGCUCCGGCCGGUCCACAUAGUGCCAUUCCACCUGGAAGGUUCAUUCAUUCGGCGUACACAAGCGCUCUCAACGUGCUCAACUUUUGCAUCGCCUUGCGGAUAAGAACCUGGACACCCUGGACCCAAACUUCCAACCCCUUGCCGACAAGGAUCGGCGAAACAUACCUUCAUACGGACGAUCCCGAACUCUUCGAUGGCACACCGGCUGCCAUUCAGCUGUUUGGACGCCGACUGGGUGAGGAAAGAGUGCUAUCUGUGGCGCAGAUUGUAGUUGACGCCGUUGAGGCGUGGAAGAGAAAACACCAUCGGGAAUAA